CUGCGAUUUUCUAAAACAACAGUUUUUCGAUUCAGCAUCGCCUCUCAAUAUCGACUCUUUACUCGAUGCUUUUAAUUUUUUGUCAACUCAGACUGCAAAACCAAAGUAUAGAGGCCAGCAGAGAGUGGAAGUAUUCAAUAACCGUUAUAAUCUUUCUUUAAAAAAUGCUGUGAAUUUAUGUUUAAAAAUUGAUGACUUUGUUAACCUCAAAGCCAUCGGGAAAGGCGAGUUUGGUGAAGUAAGACUGGUGAAAUUUAAACAAACUGGAGAAUGCUUUGCUAUGAAAAUUUUAAACAAAUCGACCAUUACUAGAAGAAUGGAUGAAGCCUGUUUCUUUGAAGAAAGAGACGUGAUGGUUCAGGUUAAGAGUCCUUUUAUAGUUAACUUAAAUUACGCUUUUCAAGAUGAACUGAAUCUCUACAUUAUUAUGGAUUUCCUUCCCGGCGGAGAUUUGUGGCAGAUGUUGAUUAAUACUGCCGAAGAGUGGACUGAAGAGUGGACAAGAUUUUACAUGGCCGAACUUUUGGUGGCUCUAGAAGAUUUACACAAGACCGGCUACAUGCAUAGAGAUGUUAAACCCGAAAACAUAAUGAUUGAUGCUAACGGCCACUUCAAACUUACUGAUUUUGGCUCUUCAGCAAAAAUCCCGCUGAAGGGAUUUCUAGAUGCCAACACCGUCGCUGUGGGCACUCCCUGCUACGUGGCUCCAGAGAUUCUGAAGGCGGAGGAGUACAGCGAAUCGGUGGACAUUUUUUCUUUUGGGUGCGUCCUUUUUGAAACGAUCAUGGGCUCGUCCCCUUUUGAAAGCGAAGAAAACGGCUCCAUAUUCGAAUCCAACGAAAAAACCAAAAAAAUAGAAUAUUACUUUCCUCCACCUGAUGACGAGCUCAAGUAUUCUCCUGAAUUUGCUGAUCUCGUCAAAAAACUUUUGGUUGAAAAGGAAAAGCGGUUAACCAUUGGGCAAAUAAAAGACCACCCGUUUUUUUCCUCCAUUGAUUGGUCUAAAAUACGGAACAUGGAGAUAACCCCACCAUAUAAACCGACCCUCAAAAGCAACUUUGAUACUACCUAUUUCAACGACGUGGAUGGGGAAGCACGUGCUGAAGGCUUUACAGCAACUCCCGAGUUUUCCGUGGACCAUCUUCCUUUCGUUGGCUUUACUUAUGACAAACGCCAUUUUACAGAAAGUAAAGGGAAAGAAAAAGUACGUCUUGCCGGAAACGAAAGUGAAUUUGUAAAAACACUUCAGCUCGAGCUUGAAGAAAUGAAAACUAAGUUGACUUUAGCGGAUUCCGCUGCAAAAAAAGAAAAACAAACUCUUUUGGAGCAAAUAGAAAGUCUGUCAUCCGCCGAGGCUGAACUAAAGUCGCUUGAAUGUAAAUAUAGAGCAGCCAAUAGAAAGUUGGAGCGGCUUGAGCAGGCCAGAAAAAAUAGCAUUCAAAAGCAAAUGGAAGAAUCCAAAGAAGUAGAGAAGAAUUAUAAACGAUAUGAAACGGAGUUAAGAACAACCACUUCAAAACUGAAACAAGUAACUGAAGAGCUUCAACAACGCGAAGCGAGCAUUAAAGUUCUUGAAAAUCAACUUUUACAGCAACAAACCAAUAGAAAUGUUUUAAACGAAAAAGAAAUGCUGGAGCUGACCUCUCGACUGGAAUCUCUUUCCCUUGAAAAGGAAAACAUACGCGCUGAAAACCACAACUUGUUAAAAAUAAAUACAACUUUGAAGGAGGAAAUGGAUGCAGCCAAUGAGAAAAUGACCAGCUUGACAAGAGAAAUAAAAAAAAAUAAGGAAGUUUUAGAUUCUAUUGAUCAAAAGUAUCAAACACUUCAGCAGGACUUUCAUAUGUUACAAGCAGAAAAAACUAAACUUUUAGAAGAUUUAUGCCAGCGUGAUGAGGAGUUAAAAAUAAAAGUAAAAAAUUUAGAAGACUCCAGAACUUUUAUCGACGAGCUUAACGAAAUGAAUUCUUCACUUCGCCAAACUCUAGUUCAACUCACUUCAGAAUUGGAACUUUCAAAAACGAGGAAACAUAUUUUUUUCAUAAAUUUUGAUGAAUAUUAUAUUUCAUUAUUAUUAUUGAUUUUUUUUUCCCUAUAA